GGAAUGGAGAGUGGGCCAUAUUGACAAGUGUUGGGCCACAACCACAACAAACUGCUGGCUGGCCACUGCUUUUUCCUGCUCCUGUGGCCUCUACAUGGCUCCCACCACCCUCCACGCACGCUCUUACUGCCCCCACGCCACCCUCUCAUAGGACUUGGAAAAAACCAUGGCAGCCCUUGAGAAGUUGAUUCGUGCCUUUGAGGCAGUAAAACUGUCCCAGGGAGGCAAUGGUACAAAUGGAGGUGCUCCCUCAAUGACAGCAGCUGGGGCCCAGGCUGGCGAGCAACGCCCUGCAGAGCACCCCAGAACUAUGGCCUCGCUAGCAUCGUCACUGUCACAGCAGAGUCAGGGAUUGCUCAGUAAAAAAGAUCAAGUACUGAGUAGCAAAGAGAAAGCUUCCACAUGUUCCAUCAUAGCUGAUGCACUAGUUGGGGCUAAACCCACAGAGAUACAGAAGUUGCUCUCAGUUGGCAUAGAGACUUUGCUGCUGCUGACGGCUGAUACGGAUCCAGAUGUCAGGAUGAAUGCCAAUGAGUCACUGAAUAGAGUUAUCAGAAGUCUGUCAGAAACUCAGUUGGGCAAAAUUCAAGUUGAACUGUACAAGGAAAUCAAGAAGAAUGGGUCGGUGAGGAGCCUGCGGGCGGCUCUGUCUAGAUUUGCUGCACUGUGCCAUCACAUCAGGCCUCAGAAAGGUCGAGCCUACGUUCAAAACCUUUUACCAUACGUGACACGAAUGGCUCGCCGGCCAGAAGAACCCCUGUUAGAAACACUUGCUGCUGCUCUUGAAAAAAUUAUGCCAACUCUUGGUCAUUUCACUAAUGACAAUGAAAUUAAGAAUCUUCUUAAGGCAUUUCUUCCCAAUCUUAGCCACACCUCCUCGGCUGUCCGCCGCUCAGCCGUAUCCUCUCUCACAGUUCUCUGCCGUCAUUCUCGGAAGCCACCAAUGUUCCUGGGCUGGCUGCUGAGCACCAUUCUGCAGAUCCUGGUACCAGUCCAAAAUGAUAUACCAACAAGCCAAGCUCUUGGCUGCCUUCUGUGCCUACGCUCAUUGGUGCCUCAUAUAGGGGAACUAUGUGCUCCUGUUAUACCCUCAGAUACACACCAUGCACACCAUACCACUCAUCUACACCCGGCAGAGUAUACUGUCUCAUAUGAUCAGAUGCUUCAGGUUUAUGAAUUAUGUCUUCAUUUUAGCAAAUCUUCGGAUCACAACAUAGUCACUGCAAGUUUAGAAACACUUCAGACACUGCUUCAGAACCCACCAGUAGCUCUCCUCCUGACUCUCACUUCUCCUGAGGGGAUCACACGCUCGAGGAUCAUGGCUGAUCCUCGAGCUAGUCUGCUUUCAUCAAGAGUGUCCAGUCAGAUCAGUGUGGCUCCAUCACUGUUUGAAGAGGAUAACUUAUUAUUAGAUCUGGAAGGUGGCAGUGGGAGAGUUAGUAUGGACAUGGACACCCCUGAUGAAAAACUCGAUUUUGAGGAGAGUACAAAAGAAGAAGAUGACAAAGGAGGAGGAGGAGGAGGAGGGGGAGGGGGAGGUGGAAUAGGAGGAGGAGGAGGAGGAGGAGGAGGAGGAGGAGGAGGAGGAAGUGGAGGAAGCACAGAAGUACAGCCAGCUGACACUGCUGUAGAUGAAACUGAUAGUAGAGUUAGUGCUUUAUACUCCAGCAUUGAAAUUGGAAAACUUACAGAUACCUCUGUGCUUUUUGGUAGAGGAGAGAUAAAUUUAAAUGGCGAGAAACGUUGCAUUGAACGUGACAAGAGGAAACACAUUUACCACAUAUCAUCUCAUUCUCAUAAUAAAUCCCUAGAAGACAAAUCAGUCUCCAUUGAUAAGCCAAGUGGUUCAGUUGGCUCUUUCUUGGAUGAAGAUCUUCCUGUACGGUAUCUCGUACGAUACCUGACUUCCUCAUUCCUUUUAUCUGGGCAUGCUGGGUUAUUAGUUCCUGACCGGGCAGUCCGAGUGAGCGUCAAAGUGUUGGCUCUUAACUGUGUAGGGUUGGCUGUGAUGGUGAUGCCUUCUCUGAUGGCUGAACCUCUCUAUACAGAUGCAAUUGGAGAAUUGGAGCUACAGCAACACAUUGAUGAUGUUUUGAGGUUUCAUAGUCAUUCCGACCCUCAGCUUGGAGCAAGUGUGGGCACUGUCAUUGGACAGUUCAUUCGUGCCAGUCUUGUCCAUGGAUGUGGACAGUAUAAUGACUUUGGUCGACCGGGGUUACCUUUAUCUUCACUUCUUGAAGUCCUUUGCAAGUUGCUUGUACACGAGUCAAGUGUAACAGCACGUGGAGCUCUGGGUGGUCUGGGGCUCUGCCUGGGUGAGCUACUUCACUCGUUGCAUGCCGCAGUCAUACUGUCUGUUUUACCGCAUUUGGUAAAUACAGCCUCAAAUCUAUAUUGGUUGGUCAAAGUUGAACUGUGUGAUCUCCUCUCAGGAUUGCCUCUGAGUUAUACAGACCAUGUAGAGAGUAGCAGCAGCUACAGCACUACAGGAAGUUCCAUUCCACUUAGACCUGCCGACAGGUUUUCUCAUCGUGUAUUAACAGCAGUUCUUAUUCCUCUCCUGGCCGAUCAGGACCCCAGAGUUCGUUCAGCAGCUGCUUCAGCUUGUGUCAAAUUAGUACCUGAAAUAAUGAGCAGUGGAGACUUGAUACACAAAGUGGCUUCCAGUCUUGUGCAUAGUGGCUGCCUUAAAGGGGAUAAAGAGGAUUUGGGAAAUAACCCACAAUCACUUCAACACUGGUCUUGUAGGGGUCUUCCCUCGUUGCCAGUUGCACCACUUCAUCGUCUCUUUACUGUGAGAAACAUUACUCCACCUGAAUGCCACGGUUCAGCACAAGGCCCAGCAGCAUCACAGGUGUCACAUUCUCUCUCACGCCUUAUCUAUGCAUUCACUACUCACUUAAUGAGUACCAAUAGCAAGUUUUUAAUGCUUGGAUGUGUUGAGACCUUGUCGCAACUCAGUGAGAAGUAUCCUCCUGCCCUGUACCCAUCAGCAUGGGGUUGCCACAUUACUCCAGUGCAGUCAAGUGAAAAUAAAAUGCAUACUGGACUGAUCACCCACGUUCUCUCCUUGGCUGGAGAAUCUCCAUUUGCAGGAGAUCUAAACGUACAACAGAACAUUCUCACAAUAGCUUCAAACAUUCUUGCAGGUAUUGCAAUUGAAGUUUUAAGACAAGGCAGAGAAGACGUUGUAGGAGCUAAGGCACCAUGGGCAUUCUUAGGGGCAUCGCAGGUGACUGCUGUGGCAGAGUGUGUUGUUCAGCACAUCCUGCGUAUACUAUGUGUAUACACCCAUGUGUUGGAAGAUAUCUUACCAGGUUCAAGGCCUACACUUGCUCCUCUUACUCCACAGUCAACGCUUUCUCCAAUUAAAAGAAGAUCAAGAGGAGAGACUACUGGUGACAAGAACCGCACACAUUCACCUAGCAAUGGAGAAAAACCUGAUGGUGAAGAGAAGGAGAGGAAGCCGCUGAAACCUGGACCUAUUGGAGCUUUCUCACACUUGCCAGAGUAUAUUAAAAUGUAUGAUGUGCUCAAAAAUGCUCACACAAAUUAUAAGAUGUCCUUGGAAGAUAGUACAACAGAAAAGGUCUGUGGAUUGCUCAGAGUGGCCCUCACUAGCCUGGGGAGACUCUUGGAAGUGGCAUCAAUGGUAGAAUUUGGGAAACUUGCCGAUGAGAUGCUUCAGUACCUGAAAGUCGUCACGUCUCUCCUUCCAACACUCACAGUGCAGUGUGGACAGCAGCUUCUGAAGUGCUUGUUUGGUUCAAAUGUGAUGGCACUCUUUGACCAGCUAUACCGCAAGGUUUCCGAGCCUGUGCCCCAUGUGUCAACAGAUACAGUUGGAAGCACAAACAAACGGGCAGUGGAGGAGCCUGAUAUUACUGGUCUCCAUCAUCUUUGUUUCAAUAUUCCACUGGUUGAACUGGAGAAAGACCUGAAUGAAAUGUCUGUGGCCAGGAAAGACAGUGACCAAAUCAGUUUUAGUCUGAGUCAACGGAAAGGAAGCACUAGUGUCUUCAAGACCCUGGGACGUGGUAAUGAUAAAUUAUCAUUGAGUUCUUACAUAAGACUUUUUGAACCAUUGGUCAUCAAGGCCUUGAAGCUGUAUACAGUAUCAAGUGAUGUCAUCAUGCAGAGAUCAGUCCUGCAGCUGCUGAUCCACCUCGUACAAAUUCGUGUCAACUAUUGCCUUUUGGACUCCGAUCAGAUAUUUAUUGGUUAUGUGAUCAAGCAAUUUGAAUAUAUUGAAGAAGGACAAAUCAAGCAGGCAGAGGAGUUGAUUCCCUCCAUGUUUCGGUUCCUAGUACUGCUGUCUUAUGAGCGGCAUCACAGCAAGAGUAUCAUUGGGGUUCCCAAGAUAAUUCAGCUUUGCGAUGGUCUUAUGGCUAGUGGUCAGCCUCCCCUAUCUCACUGUGUAUUGGCACUACAACCACUAGUGGAGGAUCUCUUCUUGGUGCGGAGCACAACGAGUGUGACUGAUCAACGUGAGCUUGAAACUCAACGAGAAGUCCUCUGCUCAAUGCUCCUAAGACUUGCACAUUAUCACCAGGUUCUUCGCCUUAUCUCCCUGGUGUUAAGUGCUACAAUGGAAGCUCACAGGGAGCGCUGGAGGAAGCUCUCACGACAAGUGAUUGACACGCUGCUUCCACUCUUGUCCAAGUUGCAAGUUAAUCUUGAUUCCGUGGAUUCCCUUGCAGCCGUUGAAGAAGUAAUGCAUGGAGUGUGUGCCAGUGUGUAUCGUCCUGUUGACUGUGUACUGAAGGCUCUCUUUACUUCUCCUUGUGAACUAGAGACUACAGUGGGUGUAGAGAGAUGGGUGGGCAGUGUGUUGCUGCUGCUUCGUAUUCUUAUAACCCACUCUACCCCGGAGUUGGUGCUGGCACGCCUAGAAGAGCUGGGCCUCAGUAUGGACUAUAUACAUACUGAAACACCUGCAGACGUUGUUCCUACAGAGGCUUCCUUAGCGCCAGAGGCUGUACAACGACAGGUUACAGAUUCGUCAAUUCGUUUUAGAGAUCCUCUGAAUGUUACCCAACCAGAAACUCUUCCGCAAGUAGCCAUGGCCAGAUUUUUGCUGGAGGUUGUUCGUGUGAGUGUUAGUGAGAUCAGAAGUGUGCGGCUCACCCUGCUGAACAGUGGACUACCUCCGGAAGGUGGAGGUGGACAUCAUUCUCCUGAUAUGUUGGUUCAUCUGUCACACCACUUGCUGCUCACUCUCUUGCAUCUGACCCUCUCAGGUCAGUGGAGAGAAGUGAUAAUUUCACUGAAGGACAUUUGUAGCAGGGAAGUUGAAUUAGCUGAAGAAAUUAGUGAAGCUCUGCUCUUUGUAUCAGGCUGGUAUCCUCCCCUCACACUGCUCUGGUGCAAGCUACUCACCUGUCUUGAUCUCACUUCCCAGAACCUAUGGACCCGUGUGCUCAGAACCUGCCAGAGAAAAUCAGUCACUAGUGUAAGUAGUUCUGUUGUGAGUGAAGCAAGUGGACCUUCUAGCUGCUUGUCUUUAGAAUUCUUAAGAAGAUGUGGGCUUCUUGUGUUCUCAGAAUUUGUGGUUCGUCACAUGCAGGAAGGAGAGUGGUUAACUUGGCUCGUUGUGCAGCACAUAAGUGAUGUGGUUAUUCUCCAUGUGGAGCCACCGAUUCAUACGCUCAUUCAGUCCAUCCAUGGAUCUCCAGCAGCCUCAGCACUUCUCAUUCAGGCCAUCCACGCUCGCUGUGAAUAUGUCCAAAAGGCAGAGUAUGGUGGGCACAUAAUUUCACUGGUGUCAGGAGUUCAUAUAUCACAGUCGGGAGCACUUAUAACCUUCAUAGUGGAGCGGCUGCUAGCACUGCCGUACUUAGUAGUGACGCGGGCUGCCUGUGCAUUGGCCACUCAGCGAUUGCACCUCUUGCUAGCCAUGCCUCCGGGACAAGUUCUGAUUCAGCUUCCUCUGGAAGAUCUUACCAAAAUUUCUAGUUAUAUGAAGGAAAAUAACCUUGAGAAACGAUAUGGGCAGUUGUAUGGCCUACUACAACGGCUCUUGAACCAGGUCCAUGGUGUCCAUGUUCCUCAGAGCAGUGAGGCCUCAUUACCCACUCAGUACCACCAUAGUCCAACAACUACCACUACUCGUUUAGAUCUCAACUGGUACCUGCAACUUGUAAGAAACAGAUGUAUGCAGGGAGAAGGAGGUGGGCUGGAGUGUGGCCAGCUGUUGAGUCAGCUGGAGUAUAGUGAAAUUAUCAACAUUAUGUCUGGGAAAACAUUCAAUGCUGCCAUGCUGACACACACCCUGAGAUUGGGACUUACCACUACCCUACAGGCCAACAGAGACUGGGGUGAUUGUAACAGUUCAGUGGAGACAGGUGACAGUGAAGAGUGCAGCAGUGGUAGUGGCACUGGGGAAGCUCCCUUGUACACUGCCAGCAAAGUAAUAUUGCUUCAACAUCUAGCCCAGGUUGCUGGCUCCUUACCACGCCCACAUCACACCUUCACCCCAGGUGGAGGAAACAAAUACAGUGAGCGAGUGUGCAAGCUGCUGUCUGGCGACGAUGGUAUUGGUAGUGUGGUGGAUACACUGGCUCCAGCUGUAGUGGAGUACCUUACUUCAAUGACACGUCUUCCCUGGGGUGCCCAGGUCUUGCCGGACAACUCGGAGCAUAUACUGCGGUUUGCUCUCUUGGCUAUGGAGUAUCUGCACUGGCAAGUUUGGCUAGGCAGUGUGAGUGUUGAGGUAGCCAGUCUGUGCCUAAACUGUGUGGAUGCUGUCUUGCGUUGUGGUACUUUAUCCGGCCUGUUGGGUCUACCUGACCGGAUAUCUUAUGUCUGUUCUAUGGUGGCCGCCCUUCAUGCUGCUGCCUCUUAUCUCGUCAAACCUAGAGCACUUCCAAGUCUUCCACCCAGCUUGACCCAGUGUCUAAAUGGAGUAGAGAGCAGCCUGCUGGUGGCUUGUCGAAGACUCAUGCAGCUGGUGUCAUGGCUGGAGGCUGGCAACUUGCGGCAUCUUCCAGCUUGUAUUGCUUACCCAAUCAGGGGCAUUGUGAUGGGUUUGGGGCGCAUGCCAGUGGUGAACAGUAUUGUGAGAAUACCUCCUGACAUGUGGAGACUAGGUUGGGCUCCACAGUUCUUCGGAGAACAUGGUACAAAUUUACCGCCUAUUCAGGUAGAAUUUCUGCAAGAAACUGAUGUUCUCAAGCAGUUUAUAUUUAGAAUGGAACUUUUUGGUUGGAUAGGACGGCAACAAUUUGAAGAGACCUGGAUGGCACUGUUAUCAGUGCUAAAUUCUACUCCUAGUGAGAAUACCCCAGCAGAGGAACUACCUUUCAUUAAUCUGAGUUUGUCGCUGGCCGUACGAGGAAUCACUGCACUUUUGGUUCAGACCCUUCUAUUACCCACACCUGGCAACCCUCACAGCGGCAACCUAUUAAGUAUCCCAAGAGACAAACCUCCACACUACCUGACUUCUAAGUCAGGGCGGAAACUUCAAGAGAUUAUGUCGUGUCUUCACGAAAAACUACGAGAGGUACAACACCUAAUCAAAGGAGGACCGCGACAGACCCCACCAUAUCAGCUGGGCCAGGUGUCAGUCGAGUAUCUAGUAACAGCUCUCAACAGUCAUGCAGAACCACCAGAAUCUCCUGACACUAUCUUACACACUGGCUGUUAUGAGUUUGAAAUACGAGAGAGACAGUUAGCGAGCUGUGGUCUUGACGUCCAGUCCUGUCUUCACUUCCUUCACUACCUGUAUUCCUCAUGGCUGCGACCCCAGAGUGGCUUGUGUGCGUCUGUUGUGGCAGAAGUAGUAAAGUCUGUGAGUUGUUUAUGUGACUUAUUCUGCUCAAGUGCUCACCACCGCUGGGUCCUGGAAGCACUUCUGCCUCUCCAUACCCUCCACCCUAUUGAAGACCACAUCACCCAGCAGCACAUCAUUCUGGCUACCUGUAAAGCUCUUGCAACUCUUAGAUUGGCCAAACAGGAGGUGAGCUCAUCACUGAGUGAAGGUGUGAUACACAUAGUGGAGAGUGGACUCAAGAGUGGACAGGUGUCUGUACGUACCUGCGCCGUCCAAGGCCUCCUCUACCUUCUCCAGGGACCAUCGGAGGAGAGCCCGCCCCUCAUUGUUCUGGCUGCUAACUACAUUCUCAAAUACAAUGAUGGGAAGAGUCGAGAAUGUGAGAGUCAUGAGGUGGCCGUGUGGGAGGUGUGGGUUUAUUUGGUAGAACACUAUGAAACACUACCUGAUCCCACUCUGCCAUCUACUGCUCUCCACAUGGCCCUUUCAACAGCAGCCACUUCUUCCACAACUCCACGUCUCCUCCACCAAGUCUUGAAGGGUGUAGAAAGACUGGUGUUAGUUCAGCAACUCUCCAGUAACACUGUAGAAGUGAUCUUCAAAUUAGUGAUGGACUUGGUUUUAAAUGGUUCUCCUUCCACCUCUUUAGCUGCCUUGCCAUUAUUCAUCACUGCUCUUUAUGCUAAUGUAAGAAACACUGCAUCUCUUACACAUGGUGUAGCACAAGAUGACAUGGCAUCAGACCCAGAGACUCUCUUACUUGUCAUGGAGAAACUCUCCAUAUUUUUUGACCGGAUUCGGGUUGGGUAUCCCCAUGAGGCAGGUGUUAUUGCUGGUCUGCUUGGACCAUGCCUUUUAGAUGUCCUUCCUGCUAGUCAGAUACUGAAUAAAGUGAUCACAGAAUAUAUUUCUAGCCAUCAACCACAUCCUCAUCUACUCGCCUCAACCCUUUUCCAGGUAUUUGAAGGGGCUAUCAGUGAGAGUGGGGAAGGUUUAGUACAAGAAUGGGUUCUACUUUCGCUUAGCAACUUCACACAACGUAGCCCUAUUUCCCUUGCAGUUUGGUGCUUAACUUGCUUCUUCAUUGCAGCCUCGAGUAAUAGAUGGCUCCGAGCAGCUUUUCCUUCCGUUCAAGCACGUCUGGGAAAACUGGAUGUUCGUGACAUCCAGAUAUUUUGUCUGGCUGCUUCUCAUUUCCGCCAGAGUUUGGCAACGGAAAACCAGAGGGCAAAGUUUGAGGCAGUGUUCCAGGCUGUGGCUACUCCAGGAUCACCAUUUCAAGAGUUAUUAGAUUGUAUUCAAGAUUAAUUUCAGUUGCAGCCAGGUUUAAUUGUUCGUGAAAAUUGUAUAUAUAUCAUUGCUAGUCAAUACAUUGACCUAGAGACCCCUAUUUAGUUCAGUAACAAUUAUUUUCUAUCCAUUGUGCAAUCUCAGAGUGUUAUUAUGUGCCAGAAAAUCUGACUGAAGUGGGUGAUUGUUCAUCGAGGACAUUUCUAAGCUUCAUUUGUAGUUCAAAUACUGAGUGUAAACGUCUCACUGGUAUGAAAUUUUUUGAGUUAAUGAAAUUAGUUGUAAUAAAUAUUGCUUUGAGAGAUUUCAUGGAUGCUGGUAUGUUGUACUGUAUACUGUAUUUAAAAUUAUUGUAUUGCAUACAGUAUUUAAAAUUACUGUACUGUAUACUGUAUUGAAAAUUAUUUAAGUACGAUUACCAUGAAAGAUAUUUUUCUGCAUAAAUAUUUUAGAAAAUUACCAAAAAAAGAAUGUACUUUUAUAUCAUUAUUAUUGCUGUUGUAGUUUUGCAUUUAUAUACAGUACAGAUAUAUGGAGAAAUUGUAUGGUAACUUUAAAUUCAUCUGAACUAAUCCAUGAAAUUUCAGGAGUAACUGUAUGAGUUGUAAGUCAAUAUACAUAUAUUUUUUGCAUGGCUGUGAUAAGAAAUAGAUUAGUUUCUUUAUCCAUGAGAUGGAGUUUAUUUGAAAAUUAAUGUCAAAGAUGCUAUUUUUUUUCCAAAAUAAGGCUUAAAUUUACCCAGCAUCUUGGGGGCCGAAGUACCAUUUAUCUUUUUUUCCCAAAUUAGCCAGUCCAAAUUGAGGGAGGGUGUUCUCGACACCAGAGGGACUUCUUCGCUAUAAAAUGUGGUACUUGCUGAACUAUGUAUAACAGUGGUGAUUGUUUAUGAAGAAAUUUUCACCUAUUCCCAGGCACAUUCUUAGUUGGUCCCUCACCUGUCCCUCAUUCUCACCGACCCUCAUAUUCAAAAUACACGCAGCCUUUUUAUUCGGUGUUGAGAGUAGUAAGGGAGAACUCGACAUCUGCAAGAAAUGCCUUGAAAUGAUUUUUAGGUAUGUAAGAUCAUGUCAAGUGUAAAAGUUUGGAAGCAAAAGAUCCAAAUGUUCAAGAUAUGUUUUCAUAGUAUUUUUUAUAAUUUUGUUUGGUUACUAGGCAAUAUUUAAGCAAAAUUUAUUGUACAGGAGGUAAAUUUCUUUUAAUAUUAUUCAUAUUGUAGUGUUAGACUCGAGUCCUGGAGGUGGGAAAUACAGUGCCUGCACUCUGAAGGAGGGAAGUACAGUGCCUGCACUCUGAAGGAGGGAAGUACAUUGCCUGCACUCUGAAGGAGGGAAGUACAGUGCCUGCACUCUGAAGGAGGGGUGGAGAUAUGUUGCAGUUUUUGAACUGUAGUAUCGACAUGCCUCUGGCAAGACAGUGAUGGAAUGAGUGAUGAUGAAAGUGUUUCUUCUUUUUUGGGUCACCCUGCCUUGGUAGGAAACGGCCGAUGUGUUAAAAAAAAAAAAUCAGUGUCAUUAUGCCAUGAUAUGGUUCCCAGAAUUAUCAAACUUCAGUUCUGAUGGAACAUUUACUGAACCUUUAAACUUAGCAGCAAUGGAGAUAGGAUGUAUGUAUGAUUGUUUCAUAACCCUUAUAUAUCUAAAAAGGUUUUGUGUACUCUUAGUUUUAAAGCCUAUAUAAAAAAUAUAACUGCCAGUAGAGAGUGUCAAGCUUCAGUCAUCAUCAGUAUUCCUUAUAGUUGGCUUAGCAGUCAGGCCAGUGUGCCUCACAUGUCAAGAGUGACCUACUCAAGUUGGAAUCGUCCUAGACUGCCAACCCACACAAUGGAAAUUUAGUUUUACAAUAAGAUGGGCUUGGAGAGGGAUUGUGUUGUACACAGCUAUUGGAGAGACUGUUUGUGUGUUGUACACAGCUGUUAGAGAAACAUUGUGUGUUGUACACACAGCUGAACUACACUAGUUCUACUAAGAUUAUUACCUGAAUUCAGCAUUAAGAAUGCAGGUUUGUUUUUAAUUCAGGUUUAAAAUGGUUUGAAUAAAUUCACUGUAUACUGCAUUUCAAGAAGGUUUUGUGUUUUGUGAUGCAGUGCAUUUAUUCACUGACCGGGUGUGUAUUGUGUUUUAAUUUUACAUGUUACUUAUGCCUUCUACAAUUGAAGAAAAUUAUAAAUUAAUGCUCUCCAUGUUUCCUUCUAUCUUACAUCUUUGAUUGUUCUCUAGGCUUUAAUUGCAUACUGUCUUUCAUAAUUUAUUAUAUAUUAUGACGGUUUCCGUUUUAAUGCAGUAUAUGGUUAAUUUCACGGAUCAUAUCAACUUGUACGAGUAUGGGUUAUGCCAAUUCUAAUCAGGCGAGUUGUAUGACCUUCCAUAGUCAUUAACCUUGUACUGCACAUGCCAUGUUCUCACUCUGGCAUAUAUCCUGUGAUUAACAUAUCUCUGUCUGUUGUCUCGAAUAUCAGUGGACAAUGCGGUAUAAUUUAAAUCGCUUACAUUCUUUCAGUAGUUAUGAUGUAAGUGUUCUAAACACUGAUCAGUGACAGGUAAAUCCCACAUGGAUGAAAAAUAAAAGAAUGGAAACGAUCUGUAUUUUUUAGCCUCAGUUUCCUGAGGUUCUUGCUUAAGGCUGAAGAUACACAUGCUUUCUACCUCUUAUUUUUUGUAUAAGGAACUUGACUCUUUUUUUUUUUUUUUUUUUCAGUAGAAUAACGUAUGAAAAUGUGUAUCUACAUGCCACCUUAUUUGACAGUCUGAAGAAUAAAAAGGCACAGUGCCAUGACUGGAACAAUACACAAAUAACCUACACAUAGGAGAAAGAGACUUAUGAGGACAUUUCGGUCUCACCUGGACCAUUAACAAGUCACACAAGAGUUAAUGGUCCAAAUCAGACCGAAGUGUCGUCAUUAUUUUCUCUCCUUUGAGUGAGGUAUUUCUGUAUUGACGGUCUGAUCUGUCAUUCCUGUCUCACAAACCCCUUGUAGAGUAACAUUGAUACAAUACACUUGUGAAGUAUCUUGUAAUAGCCUGUUUUUUUAAACUCAUUGAAGUGUCAUGCAGAUCCUCUGUAAAAGGAAGUUAUGUUAUUCUGUGGGCAACCUUAAGUUUUAUUAAUAGCUAAUAAAAUAAUGUUUUAAUUUUCUGAAGACUUAAUGAAAUAAAUUCACAAUGUAGAGGCCACAGUUCUCUGGCUGGAACAAUUCGCAGCUAACCUGCAGUUUGGAGAAGAAAAUUAGAUGCCAUUUUGGUCAGUCCUGAGCUUUGUCACUGCCUUUUCAUCUCCCAUUCUCACUGUUGUGAUGAUAUUAGUCCAGGAUACACAGAAAUACUGUUACGAGUUCACUUUCCAAAUUAGGGUUAGUUAUUCUUUCCCAACUCGCUGAAUUUAUGAAAGAUUCUCAGCCUUUGAUUAAAAAAAAAUAAAUAAUGAUGGUAUGGUUUGGAACUAAUGAAGAAAUGUGUAAUUCUAAAGCCCUUUCAUAAAUGCAGUAUUCAUAUAUGGUUCUGCUUUUUAGCUUCUGGAAAGGAGUUUUACAGCGCAUCAGUCGAACAUUUCUAAUUUUUAACUCUAUGAGAAAAACAUUUUGGAUGUGUAAAUUAAUAUACUUCAACUGUAUUUGAAAGAGAAUUAAACCGAGAAAUAAUGUAAAAUCAUUACUAAUUAUUUUAUGACUAUUUGGCAAAUGGAGUUUAGCAUUGGUUUUUUACAGGUACAUAGGAAGUUUGGACCUAUCUUAAUAAACUGGAGAAAAAAGUUUUGUUUUUGAAUUCUCUUCAAAGGGAGGUGCCUUGAUGCUGGUGUAGGGCUAAUCCAAGGAGUUGGAUCAACCCUGAUUACCUCACAUUCCCACCAGCAAUGUAUAAUCCUUGUAGAUGUAGCAUUACCCCAUGAUUGAAAUAUUUCGUGCAAGAAUUGCCACAAUUGAUUCACAAACAUUUAUACAGUACAGUUCUCCAUUGUUUAAAGAUUAAGCAUACAGCUCUGAAUGGCUGGAAGAGUUGAUGGUAAAAUUUUUUUUAUUAUAUUCAGAGGCUGUAUGACCUAUUCAGGUUGUGUGUUUGAUUGUACUGUAUUUAGGAAAAUCGUUUUAAAAAAAUUCUUAGUUGACUAAAUAUUGUAUAUAAGACUGUUUUUCAUUUCUACUGCUGGUAAAGAUGUUAAUUAUGAGAAACGAGUAAAUGGUGAUGAAGGGAAGGCAAGACAUUUAUUGAAGGUCAAGUAAAUAACCUCAAAAUGAGGAUUAUAUCUCCUAUCAUUAUAUUAUAAUUUUGUUGAUUUUCACUCAGCUGUAGAUAUGUGAGCUUCCAUUCACUUGGGUAGCAAUGUAAAUUACUAAAGCAUUGGAAUAGCUGUAUAUAAAUAUAAUGUAUAUACUAUAUAUAUAUAUAUAAAUAAAGGAAUUGUAUAGAUGAAUAUUAUGUUAGCUUUUGUUGAGAAUAUCUGGUAAUAAAAUAAAUUAUAUUAUGGUUG